UUGUUACUAGUUCCACCGUGUCCAGAUUUGACAGGAGUCUUGAUGACACCAUGGAUAACACAUACACAGACCAAAAGAGCACGCUGGAGCGCUAUAAAACACCGACACACACAUACAAAGACACACAGAGGCACAGCGAGCGGAGAGGCUUUCUACCUGAGAGACACUUCCUACCUGAGGCUUACCUGAACCAUGGGCGUCAUCGUCUCACACAUUUUCUCCAGAUUCUUCUCCAAGCAUCCCGUCAGGAUUUUGAUGGUGGGUCUGGAUGCUGCAGGUAAAACCACCCUGCUGUACAAACUGAAGCUGGGUGAGGUCGUGACCACCAUCCCAACUAUUGGGUUUAAUGUGGAGACUGUGGAGUAUAAGAACAUCAGCUUCACAGUUUGGGAUGUUGGUGGUCAGACGAUCAUCAGGCCGCUGUGGAGACAUUACUACGUUAACACACAGGGUUUGAUAUUUGUGGUCGACAGCAACGACCCAGAGAGGAUCAAAGAGGCGUCUGAGGAGCUGCACACACUGUUGCAGGAGGAUGAGCUGAAGGGUGUGGCCGUGCUGGUCUUUGCUAACAAGCAGGAUUUACCCAGAGCCAUGUCUGUCAGUGACAUCAUCGAGGCCCUGAGUUUAAAAGGAGUGUCACAGCCGUGGUCGAUCCAGCCGUCCUGCGCCGUCAGCGGCACCGGCGUGGUUGAAGGUCUGGACUGGCUCUCUAAUGAGAUCCUGAAACAGUAGCAGAUGUUGGGGUGACGAGGAGUUCUGCUUUACUUUCUAUGAACUGAGGCGAGCAGUGAAUCCAGAAGGAGCGUGAAGGAUCCUUUGCAACUGUUAAAUCUGGCUCAUCACAAAGACAUUUGACAGGAAAUGUAGCGCUUCAUGCAGCCAGUCAUGUGAACCCAGCUUGCACUUGUAAAUAUGGACGAAUGAGCUUUGAGAUACAAUUGUGGUUAAAUUCUCAGCAGGAGAGACCAAAGAUGGAGUAUUUUAUAUCUGCUGUUAUAUCUCUGACAGAGACACGAUGGACGUCAUGGAUUGGUUAAUGAAAUACUGCUGUGAAGCCUCGAGUUCAGUUCAGUUUUUUUUUUUUUUCUUUUGCGCCAUCACCAAUGAGCUGAUUGUUUUGAAACAAUCAGCUCAUUGGAUAAUGUGUUGUCAGUCGCAAGGAUAGCCUGGCUCUUAAAAUGACCACAAUGAACUAAAUGGACUGAUGGUUUUAUUCAAUAUGAGCUGAGUGCUUAGUGGGGUCAGAGCAGAGGGAUGUUUUUGCAUAGAAUCUGUAGGACAAGCAGUCUUUUUGCAGCCACAGAUAUCGCCUCCUGGUGGCUUUUUACAAUGCACUUACAAACUGUGAGGACUACAGCAGACAUUUAGUGUUUUGAGUCAGCUGAAAUGUUUGUGUGUGGAAACUUUAAUGUUUUAAGACCGGCAGAUUCUGAUAUGUUUUUUUUGGGUGAAUGUUUUCAGAAGUGUCUCUAGUUUUUUUUUUUUUUUUACAUGGGUUGGCACGAGGAGGACAAAAGACAUUCAGAAUGCUGAUGGGAAAUUUUAGAAAAGACUACCAAACCAAACCAUGUAAAAAGUGGUUAAAUUCAAUCAGUUAUAAUGAUUUUAACGGUGAACAGACCUCGUUUGUGAUUUGUUCCCCAUUUACAAGCUGCUGCCUUAAUGUAGACACAAAGUGCCUUUAGUUUAAUUGACGAAGGAUUUUCCAUCCCUGACUGUUUUCUUUAAAUGGUUUAAAGGCACAAGGAGGUGAAAUUAAUCAGAACUUAAAAAAUUUGUUAUUUGAAAAGCUAAAGAAAAUUCAAAAUCGUGCACUUUAUUUGAUCAACAAAAGACUCUGACGGUCCCUCUCGGCUUCCUUAUAACUUUCAUUUUUGUAAAAUCAAAAUUUAACUGCACUUUUUCUCUUCAUUAUUUUUAUUUCAGGUUAUUUCUUCUAACUGAUUUCAUUUAUUUCACAAAUGAACUGUUGGAGUUGUUUGUCAUUGUAGCAGAAACACAUGAUUUAGUGGUUAUUUAUGAAACAUGACUGUGAUGUUGAAACUUGGUGUAUGAGGUAAAUUUAAAGAAGACUUAAUGUGCUGCUGGUUUUGUUGGGUGAAUGUUUCUGUUAAGGUGUUUCUGUAGCAUUGUGGCUAUUGUUAUUUUUCACAUGUAUUACAUAAAUCUUUCUUUCCUUGUUUAUUUUUUCAGAGUCCCUUUGAUUGUAUUUAUUGUAUAAUAAAGUUGUCGUGGUGGAGA